AUGGCCUCGCUAGAGCAGUGGAUUAGAUAUCUUGGUGAAGAUAAUAUUCGUGGUGAUGUUCUGCUUCAUCUCAACACUUUCAUCAAACAGAGGGAAGGAAAUUGCAUCCAUGUCGCUUGGCAGUUGUGGUGCUCCUUAAAUACAGUCUACAUACUUGUACAGGAGAGGCAACUCUUGCUAGUAUUUGACAAAAAUGGCCAACUGCGUACUGUUGUCUUCAAUGAGAGAAAGGGAGAUGUAAAAGAAACUGCAAAUAUACCAUUUUACGUUGACCCAUUUCUCAGAAUUUUUACAACUGGGAAGCCUCAGGAAUUUGUGAGGCUUAGCAGCUUGAAUCUUAUUGGUGCCCUAGCAAAGUUUGAUGAUCCACAAGGGCCAGAAAUUCUUAACCUUUUUCUGGAUUCACAACUCAUUGCUCCGUGCCUGUACUGCAUGGAUUAUGGUGAUACACGGACUGUGAAGGCUGCAACGCACAUAGUUAUGAAAAUCUUGAUGCAAGAGGCAGGGCUAAACUAUUGUUGUGAUUCACCCAAACGUGUUCAGUUACUGGUACAAGUCUUGCGUCGACUGGUAGACAAACUUUCUAGAAGCCUUUGUUUACGGACGCUAAAAUAUGUUGUUCAAUGCUAUCUGUGUCUUUCACGAAAAUCAAUGUUAAGCGGGGUAUAUGAUGAAUUGAUUCACAAUUAUCCUCCACAGCUAUCUGGCGACACUUUUCACAUCCUUCUUAGUGUGAGUCCAUCAGCUUCUUUCUUCAACAACUAA